AGUAGUGGAACGGUGAGAAACGUCAAAGGUAUGGUAGGGAUAGAAGAGGAAGAGAGAAGUGGGGUGCGGGUAUGGGUUCGGCUUCGGAAAUGGCCGCGGGAAAGUAGAGAGCGUUACGUCGUCCGGGGUAGGCAAAUCAAAAAUUUUUGGUGUGCGCGGUGCUCGUUAACCCGGCGCUUCGAGCGUGCGAUUCACCAGUCUCUCGAGCACGGUGCGAUGUUCUAAGGAAAAGGAAACGCGGCCACGAGGAUUCCGUAGGUAUACGAGUAUCUGGUCGCGAGACACAAUUGCCGGACGGACAGCCGGUACCUCGUAGAGAUCAGUGCGGGCGGUCGUGCACGAGGAUGGCCGGCGACGACGGUGCACCGCCGAACAAUGAGAUCCUCGGCGCGGACGGAGGGGGGCAGGGCGCGUCAGUGCGGGGGGAACCGCAUUCCAGAGUGGGCGGCAUCCUGGAAUGCGAUCCCCCCGGUAACAGGAAUUCGCCAAGCGAGCGAGCCUGUAACGACCACGACGACUGCGACGACGGAAGCGGUGAAACUGUGAUUGCCGACGACGAUUGUAACAGUGGCGGAGGCGUUGGAACUGCGAUUGCCGACGAUAACGGUGGUCUGUGCCGAUAUGCUAUCGGCACCGCUAAUACCGCUAUGUCUUUCAUCGAAGUUUGUCAGAUUCGGCUGCAACAUCUCUUCCCGCAAUUAGUUUCAUCCUCUCAGCGGUACAGUCUCUGCGAGGAUUCCAUCGAAUUCACGGCGGAAUGUUUGGCGAACGAUGUGAUACGAUAUCUACUGAAAGAAGAUAUUUAUCUUAUAUCACGAGACCCGAUAUCUCGUAGCAUGAGACAUAAUGUAUAUCAGAUGUUAAACAAGCACAGUAUCUUAUUCGCCAGUAUGGUAAACCGUUUAAACGUUGUACCGGACACGGCGUACGAAGCGUUCAUGGGAGUCGCGGACGAGCUCUUUUUACAUGGUGGAGUUACAUGGGCAAGGAUCGUUUGUUUGUACGCGUUUAUAGGCAGGCUCGCCCUUUGGGCACGAGACAGACGAAUGCAUGCUCUGAAGAAAAAAUUACCACUGUACGUUUCCCGAUUUAUUGGCGAGAAAGUUGCGCAUUUUAUCAAAGGAUACGGAGGAUGGGAUCAGCUUUGUAUAGAAUAUCCUGUGGCAGAAGAAAUAAGCGGAGCCAUCUGGAGAAGCCUUCUGAUGACAGGUGCUACUCUUGGUUUGGUCGCAACAAUUUUAACCGUAACUUCCUGAUAUACCCUUACAAAUCAAGUAGUACAGGCUAAAUAUUGCACAAGACCUCUUAGCGUACUUAUAUUUUGCCAAAAUGUGCUUAAAAUCAGUUUCUAAGGGUUUAUAAGUCACUCUUAUAUUGGCACAGAAAGUGGAAUUGUGUGAUUCGAAAGCCAUUUUUUAUUAUGCAUUUGUAACAAAUGCAGGAUGUAAAUUUAACAUCAUCCUUGCAGUGCAUACAAUUUUCAUAUCGAUGUAGCUCGGAUUACAAACAUUCUACUUUUUACGUAACUGCAACAAAUAUGUAGCACGAGCGAAGAAUAACGAUACAAGUUCCCUAUUAUAUUCGUAUUUUGUAAUAAUUGCAGCUCAAUGGAUUAAUUAAAUUAGUAAAAACAAAUCUUAUUUAAUAUUAAUCUAGAUGUUUUUAUCAAACUAAUUUCAUACGAUACUCAAAAUUGAUGUUUCAGAUAUUUAUGCCAAACAAGAAUCUCAAAAUUAUAUUGAAUUUAGGUAGAAGCAAUCUAAGUAUAUUUAUUUAUAAUUUAUUUUAGGUAGAAAAUAUAUUAAAUAAUAAAUUUCCUCGUCAUUCAAAGACCAUCGCGGACGCUUAAAAUUUAUAAAAAAGCAAUCGAUAUGACAGUACUCGUUACAUAUACGGUAACAUUUUUAAACAACAAUGAAUAUUAAAUACGAUAGCUUCUAAUAACAUUGCAAAAAUUUUAUGCAAGUAUUCGGAGAUAAUAAAUGUUUCUACAAAAUAUCAGAUUUCUUAGUUGUAUCAAUUAUUUUAUAAACCUGUAACAAAAAUGUCAUCUGCAGAAUCAUAUAACGAUUACAUUUUGCAUGCGUGUAUUUAAACAUUUUGUAUUAUUAAAGUAUUUAGACGACGAUAUCAUUUUAACUUUCGAAUAUUAAAUUUUAGCAAAUUUGGAGAAGACUCGACAAUUCGAUAAGAGUAGCUAUUUUUACGAAACAUGUUUAAUCAUUUCUAUUGAGAAUAUUAAUAUAUUAUUUUACGCUUAACGGUCGCA